AUGACCACUGCUUCCGGAGUUCGUGGCCGAAAGAAGUUAUCAUCCAGAGGACAUCAUAGAUUUGUUGGGAUCAGGCAGAGUCCAUCGGGGAGAUGGGUGGUUGAUAUUAAGGAUUCUUUGCGAAAGGUUAGGCUUUGGCUCGGAACUUUUGAUACUGCUGAGGACGCGGCUCGAGCAUACGAGGACGCUGCUUGGGGGUUACGUUGGACUAAUGCUCGCACCAACUUUGAGCUGCCUCCGUCGGCCUCAAAAACGUCGGCGAACCGCAUCUCGCUGGAUAAAAUUGAGCCUUUCUCGUUUGAGGAAGUCUGUGGGACGGGGGACGAUGCUGAUGGAUUUCUUGGCGCACUCAAGGCUAAGUUGCUUGAUCGCAAUGGGCUUAGAGUCCUAUCACCAACUAGUUGUGCUUGUGCCGUUGUUUCUAACGCUUCACGAAACAACAAUAGCAUAAGAAUAGAGUCAACUGUGGCUCCCCGAGUAAUUGGGAACCCGAAUCCGAACCUGAACUCUGUUCCAAAUCCACUAAAUCAGUGUUCUAACAAGCCUGAACUUGUCCUAAAUCAGGAUCAUAUCGGGGUUCAAUGGCCUGAACCUUGUCAAAGCCAGAUUGCUUCUGUGGCAGGUAUGAUGUGGUCCAAUGAACCGUCAAUUGAAGCACCAUGGGGCACAUAG